GGGUUUACCACCGUGACCAUACCGGGACCAGAAUGCCUAUUCCUCGAACGAUCAUAGAGCAAAUCAAGAGAAUAAUCCCGCCUCUAGACGGAUCCCUACACAAAGGACAAUCUGGUCGUGUGGGGGUGCUUGGGGGCGCUUUAGACUAUACUGGUGCACCCUUCUUCGCGGCUUUCUCUGCUCUGAGAUUCGGUGUGGACCUAUCCCAUGUUAUCUGCGCCCCAACAGCAGCAGGUGCAAUCAAGUCCUACUCUCCAGACCUGAUUGUACACCCAAUCCUUAACGAAUCAUCAUCCGUGGACAAAGUCAAAUCCGAACUCCAAUCCCUCCUCUCCCGGCUCCAUGUCCUAGUUGUCGGACCCGGACUAGGGCGCGAACCCUACAUGCAGUCCUACGCGAGACUCGCCAUCUCCCUGGUCCGAGAGAGGGGGAUGUACCUCGUCCUCGAUGCCGACGCGCUCUUCCUCGUAGGCCACGAUCUCUCCAUCAUCAAAGGUUACAGACGCGCAGUGCUCACACCCAAUGUCGUUGAGUUCAAACGACUGAGUGAGCAAGUGGGUGUGGACCCUGAUGCCCCACCGGACGAGAGAGCUGGUGUCGUAUCAAGGAUGCUAGGUGGAGUAACAGUGCUGCAGAAGGGGGCCAAGGAUAUCAUUUCCGUUGAUACCACUGGCGAGGAGGCGGACUUGUCUGCCAGUCACAUCGAAGGUGCCGACGCAGAAAAAGAAAAGAUUAAAGAGACGAUCGCAGUUGAUGUGGAGGGCGGACUCAAGCGAUGUGGUGGACAGGGUGAUGUCUUGAGCGGAUGUGUUGGCACUUUCAUGGCGUGGGGCAAGUGUUACGAGAGCGGUGUCUAUGGAGAUGGCACAGUUCCUACUUCUCGUGUCCCCCUACUCGCAGCUGUAGCGGGGAGUAUGGUUACUCGAACUACGAGCAGGCGAGCUUACGCCAAAUCUGGACGAAGCCUGAUCACUCAGGAUCUCCUCUCCGAAGCAGGACCGGCAUUUGAAGAAUGCUUCGGCGGUGACAAAGGACGAUUGUGA